AUGGGUUUAGAAAACUUAUUAAUAAAUGUUAUUUGCAAACUAAAACGACGUGACGAAGAUGGCAUGAAAUUUACUGACAUUCAAAAAGUUCGCUUGGACAUUGAGGUUGGUGGUUUCCAUAUCGAUUUGGAAAAUCUGUUCAAUGGUCAAAAGGAUUUGGAACAAACAGCGAAUAAUCUGUUCAAUGACAGUUGGAAAGAACUAUUCGAGGCUUUGCGCCCUUCGAUUACAGCAACAAUACAAACGGUGCUGGAAGACCGUUACAAAAAACUGUUUGCCUACAUACCAGCCACAUAUUUUAUUGAAGAUUUAGAAUAA